AUGGAAACAAAUAUAGAAGUGCUAAAGAACUAUCCUAAUAUUGAUAAAGUUAAUGGGAUUCUUAUCGAUGUUCUACUGACUAAUAAAAAUCCACCAUUACAACUCAUAUCAACUUUGCUUAACUAUACAAUUCCACAGAUUUUCCUGUCAUUACCAAAUGAAGUUCAUAUAAAUUUAAUCAAAGUUUUUCAAUCCUUGAUUGGUAUCAGCAAUCUUGUGAAUGUUAUUGCUGUAUUUAAAGAUGGUUCCCAUGAAAACAAAGAUGUCUUGCAAAUAUAUUGGCAAUUUUUACAAGAAUUGAUUGAUGACAAAUUAGUUGUUGAAUUAAUACGAACAAGUUCUUCACCAUUGGAGAUUAAAGAAAUUGAUAAGUUUUUUUUUAAAGGUAAAAUGUUUUCCAUAGUUAAUGAAGCUUUGAUAUCUAAUAAUUUAGAAGUUGAUAAUAAAGCAUUAGAAUCUACUGCUAACUAUGUUUACUAUUUGACGAGUUCCUUAUUAAAGUUGUACCAAAAUAAGUGUGACUUAAUCAUUACAACCAAUUACAUGAAUUCAAUUUUGAAAUUUAGUGGAGGUGAAUCAUUUAAUCAAUUUUUUGAUGUGUUCUUUACUAGAGAAAACUGGGGUUAUUUCCUUGAUUCCUUCGCUUUGAUGAAGAAGUUUGAAAAGAAGAACUUAAUAAAGAAGUUCUAUACCUUGUACAUAUCUAAAAUACAUUUACAACCAAAUGUAUCUCCUGAAAAACUAGUUGGAUUGUAUAAUAUUCUCAAUUUUUCUCAUGAAUACUUGGAUUCACUGACGGUGGAAUCAAUUAUUCUUUGUGGAAAUCGGGAUUUGAACAAACUCGUUGCUAUGGUACUUAACGAUUGUCCUGAAACUCAACUAAAUUCAUUAAUAUUUCAACUUUUGUCGAGCUGGUCAAGUGAGGAAUCAGUGAAUAAUGAACCUAUCGCAAUUCAAGAAUCAAGAACUCAUAUAUUGCUCCAAAUAUUGUCGCGAAGAAAGGGUUCUGAAUUUUUAAAGCAACUUGUAAAGAGCAAAGUUUUCUUGGAUGCUAUAACAAAAAGGCUCCUGUCUUUUUCUGACAAUGUCAAGGCUUUAGGUGUGGCUGUAGCUGAUCAUGUUUGCAUCUUAAAUGGAGAGGAAAAGAUAUUUAAAUUCAAUGACAGUGUUGAUAAUUACUCUAAUCUUGUUGAAUCUGUUCUUGAAAUCAGGACAAUGGGACAAUCCGAAGCCUGGAACAAUAUAAAAGCUCCAUAUGUUGAAGAAGAAGAAAAGGAAGAAAUAACUACUAUUUCCUCUGAAAUCUCAAAUCUAUCUGUUCAACAAGUCAAUUCUGAUGAUGAAUCCGAAGAUGAUGAUCCCUCCAUACCACCACAGGUUGAUGUCCAAUCCCCAGUUUAUAUCAAGGAUUUGUUGCAAUAUUUGAAUGUUGACACAAAGGAUAAUAACGCUUAUGAAAUGAGACGUAAGGCAUUGACUGAAGGACCAACCUUACUUCGAAGAAAAUCUCGAAGUGGAAAUGAAGUACAAUUCUUCCUGGAAGAUUUAUUCUCAUCACUACUUGCAUUGAAUAACCAUUUUAAUGAUAAAGAUUUUGAAGUUUUGAAACUAAACAACUUAAUAGCCGUGAUUGUUGCUAAUCCUAAUAUUACUUUCUACGUUUUCAAAUUGCUUCUAACUGGUGAUUAUUCCUUGCAACAAAGAAUGCAGAUAUUAUCAGCAACUUCAUUAGCUGCUAGAGAACUUAGAGGGUUCAAAGAUGAUGUUGUUACCAAAUCAUUCAAACAAAUCAAUUUUCCAUCACAAAUGCUUCCUGAAAGCUUACAUAACAAAUAUAUGCAAUUGGAAGCUGAUAACACUAAAUAUAUUGACAAUAUCCAUACAGAAUUGCAGAAUUCACUAAUGGAAGAAGCUUCGUCAAAGGCACAAGAUGAAAUACUUGGCAAGGGUAAAUUAGUAAGAAUUUCUGCCAAACUAAAGAAACAACCAAAACAACAAGCUGAUCCACCAGUUAUUAGUAAUUACUUUAAAAUAAUUGCUACUAAUUUCUAUUUCCCAUUGUUGAAUGUAUGGUAUGAAGCAGGUUCCAUUGAUAUUGGCCAUUAUUCUCCAAUAUUCAUUGCACAUUAUAUUAAGACAUUAGUAUUGAUAAUUCAUUGUUCCUAUCCUUCUUCAACACAACUAAGAGAUAUGGUGAAGGAGUUUCUUAUCUUAAGUUGUUCAAUAAUUCGGAGGUUAUCGUCAGAUCAGUUGCAAUUAAUAGAAAGUAUAGUCACGGGUAUUCUCUUGAUCUUUGAUAUUAUAGACGGUCAAUAUUUGAUUUCUUAUCACCACGACGAAUUAAUUCUUAUUCAAAGUUGGUUAAUGAUUACCUGGGAGACACUUAUUGAUGAAAAGGUAAAGAGUUUAUGCGCUGGGUUGUUACUACAAAUUCUGGAAUUAUUACAAACAUUUGAACGUACUCUUAUAGAUCAAACCAAUAGUUUAUUCUAA